AAGCUAUCGAAGCCAUCGCUCUCACCUACAGGCCUACAAUCACGAGCGCAUUGUACACAUCCGAGGUUGGCAGGCAUGCGUCUUGCCGUAUUCGUGCACCGUCGUCGGUGAAAUUCACACCUACCUAACUGACCCGUCAUGGCGUUGCUAGAGGGGCCGACCCUGCUGUUGCUUGCCGUGUUCGGGGCCCUGCUGUGCUACCGAUACCUUCUGCGGACGCCCCAGAUUCGACGGGACGGUGUCCCUUUGAGGAGACCGCCAAACACCCUGCCUCUCGUCGGCAACGGGAUCCUCUUCCUGCAGCCGCGCCAGAAGCUGUUCUCGUGGUUCGUGAAGUGCGAGGACCUGUUCGGCCGCGAGACCUUCCAGAUCAGCGUCCCCACGCUCCCGCCCGGCGUCGUCAUCAACGACCCGCGGAACCUGGACUACGUCUUCAAGAACGAGGGCCUCUUCUCCAAGGGCGACCUCUUCAAGCGCCUCUCGCGCGACCUCUUCGGCGCCGGCAUCAUCAACGUCGACGGCGAGCUGUGGAAGGCCCAGCGCAGAGUCGGGCUCGCCUUCCUCAGCGCCUCCAACCUGCGCGUCCUGACCCACGUCGCGCUGCCGCGGUACCGCGACCGGGCCACCCGCCGCCUGUCCGCCCACGCCCGCGCGGGGAGCGUCGCCGAUCUGCAGUCCGUCUUCCACGAGAUCACGAGCCAGCUGAUGGGGAAGAUGGCCUACGACAUGGAGAUGCACUCCGACGACGAUUUCACCGUCGCUUUCGAGUAUUCUUCAGGCGUAACCGCCGGGCGCUUUCAGAACCCCCUAUGGUUUAUUACCGAGGCCUUCACCGGCCGCCGCUUCCGGCGCGCGCUGGCGACGAUCCGUGCUUUUGGGAACAGCAUCGUAGAACAUGCCGUCAGCGUGCGUAGUACCCAAGGGGGAGAAGGAGUCUCGAGAUCGGAUAAGUUGGAUGAAAUCUCCGGCGGGCUCAUACGGUCCUUGCUGGAGGUUUUCGGGGACGACAGAAACUUGGUGACGGACGCCGCCUUGAACUACCUUUCCGCCGGCAGAGACACCGUUGCUCAAGCCUUGACCUGGUCCAUGCACCUUCUCAUGCAGCACAGAUUCGUCCUCGAGAAGAUCCGGGAGGAGGCACAGGCUUUCCUAGACGCCUUCGACGCGUCUGGCGCGGAAGCCGGCUGCGGCGCUGAUGUAGAUGUCAAGUCGGUCGUUUUCACGCCGGUAUCGCUGCCGUACACCAUGGCAGUCUUUUACGAGGCGCUACGUCUGUAUCCCCCGAUCCCCUUCGAAAUAAAGCAGUGCGAGCGGGCGACCACCUUGCCCGACGGCACUUUUCUCCCAGAGAAAUCCAUAAUCUUCUGGUGUACUUGGGCCAUGAACAGGUCGAAAGCGAGCUGGGGUGACGACGCCGACGCUUUCAGGCCUGAGAGGUGGCUCACAGCGGAGGGGAAGUUGGUGAUGAAGAGCGCCUCCGAAUUCCCCGUGUUCAAUGGCGGACCACGGUUAUGCCUGGGGAAGCGAAUGGCAGAGCUGAUGGCGUGUCAGGUCCUGGCUACGAUGGUGCUCAUGUUCGACUUCGUUCCAGCUUACGAGACGGAGAGAGUAAGUAAAAGUAGCCUCACUCUGCCGAUGCAAGGGGGGCUGCCGUGCCUCGUCAAGCAAAGGGCGAAUACACGGCGGGGGAAGAUUGGGUAGAAGGAUUACCUAUACAUUGAGGGGCGUGCCGAUCAAGUGCCAGAUCACCAUAAGCCGAGCCUUCUAGAAUUCUAUUCGAUCUGCGCUGUACUUCUCUACAGGGGUCGGAUUAGAAAUUGGUAUCGAAUCUUUCGUUGGCCGGGUCCCGAAUCCUCCGCAGUCGCCCCAGCCUACCCCUAGCUCGCAAGGUGGGUGCUGAACCCAGGAAUCUGGGCCGAAGC